GUUCUUACAAUUGUCAGUUCGAUACAUUGACACUUGUUUAGCUUUUUUUAUAUUUAACAUAAAGGUUAAUUUUUUAUUUUAUUUUACUGUUUGAGAAACACGGUUUAAUUUCGUGGCUCGAACAGGACCAUAAUAUGUACAAUCAAGAGAUUGGACAGAAAAUGUCCAGGUGAAGUUUUGCCUCGGAGGGAUGUCAGGACGAAUUAUUUAAUACAAGAAAUGCCUUUAACAUCUCCUUUACCACUGCCUGAAAAAGAUGUCAACGAAGACAUCGAAAGACGCUUGUGGAUCGGAAACUUGGAUCCAAGAAUUACUGAGUUUCAACUCGUGAAAAUCCUCCAAAAAUAUGGACAGAUUGAUAAGUUCGACCUGCUGUAUCACAAAACCGGCCCACAGGCAGGUCAACCGCGAGGUUACGCCUUCGUUACUUUUGUUGACUCGAUGAGUGCCAAGCAUAUGAUGGCCGAUCUCGACCGUAAAAUCGUUGGAAACAAGAUGCUUUCAAUAAAGUGGGCUCACAACAUGGGAAAUAAUGACUUUACAAAGCAGAAAAACGAUAUUUCAAUACCAGCCCUAGGAGUGAGAGACGAGAAAAAAAUCAACCGACGUUCUCAAAUCUUGGCGAUCGAGUCAAAGCUCAGGAUGAUGAAAGAGCUUCCAGCAGAAGAGUUCCAGGUCUCAAAUUUGCCGUCAAGCUCUCGGCCGAGCAUGUUUAACAUGAAUUCAGUGAAAAACAACGGUACAAAAAAUCUCAAGCUAAGAAGUCAGAAAGAAUACACGGCCAAGAGGAGUAAACCAUACAGAAAAUUAUAACAAAUUAUCCGACCAGAAAGAGAGGAUACUUUUACUCAAGAGUGAAACUAAUUUUCUUUUGUGAUAAAUAAAUAAUUUAUUAAUAUUUUCUGUGUAAAAAAUAUAAAAUUAAAAAAAAAA